AUCAGUUCAAGCACUUGCAAAAGCAGAUUUUCUUUGUUAGUGUGGACAUAUUGUCACUUGCAUGUGCGUUUCGGUUUUAUACCGAGAGGAGCAGCCGCAGACCAGAGAGAGAAACUGGGGACACAGCUGUGCGGCCGUCUAAUCAGUUUUUGGCAGACACCGGUUCGAUCCUCGGUCUGUCGAGCUCCUGUUGAGGUGUCCCUGAGCAAGACAGCUCCUGGUGGGUAGUGGUUGAGUGCCAUGCAAGGCAAGACAAGACACUCAACGAACUCACCUUUUCUGCCAUGUGAGACGGGCGUGACGCUGCUUUCACUUUUGUUGAGAACUUAACUCCCGAACACAUACGAAAGUUUAGGGGAAAAGAUGAAGACGUUGUUGUUGAUUCUCUUAUGUCGCAUGUCAUCAUCAGUGAAAUAUUCACUGACGUAUUUGGCCAGCGGAUUUUCUGGAGUUCCAAAUAUGCCAGACUUAAUGAUAACGGCCGAAUUCGGACAAAUGCAAGUGGAUUACUGCGACAGCAACAAAACCAGAAGAAGUUAUCCAGGUUUCUGGGGGAAAGUCAAUCAAAUUGAUCCUCAGAUCCUGAAAUGGUACAAUGAACGGUGUUUUGAAACUCAGCCACUGGUUUACAAAGGUGUUAUUAGUAGACUGAAGGAAAACAAUCCAAAUGAAGCUGUCCACAUUUUACAGACUAUGGGUGGCUGUGGAUGGGAUGAAAGAACUGGAGAUGUGAGCUCCUUUUUACGGCAUGGUUAUGAUGGGGAAGACUUCAUGGAAAUGGACAUGAAAACUUUGGCAUGGAUUGUUCAAAACCCCCUGGCUGCCCCAAUCCAACAAAUGUGGGCGGCCAACCUGGCUGCUAAAACUAAUUGGAUGCAAUUUUUCACUGAAGUUUGCCCUGAAUGGCUCAAGAAGUUUGUGUCUAUUGGACCUCUAAAGGAAAAAGAGCUUCCCUCAGUGUCUCUCCUCCAGAAGACUCCCUCCUCUCCGGUCAGCUGCCACACUACAGGUUUCUAUCCUAACACAGCUCUGAUGUUCUGGAGGAAAGAUGGAGAGGAGAUCCAUGAAAAUGUGGAACAUGGAGAGAUCUUACCCAACCAUGACUGGACCUUCCAGUUAAGUGUUAAAUUGAAUGUUUCCUCAAUCCCACCUGAAGACUGGAGGAGGUACGACUGUGUGUUUCAGCUCUCUGGUCUAGAAAACAACAUCACAACCAUCCUGGACAAAAACAUGAUCAGGACUAAUUUGGUUUCUCCAUCAGAGUUUCCUUCUGGUGCAGUCAUCGGAGGUUGUGUAGGACUGCUGCUGCUGCUGCUCUGCAUCACCGGACUCUUCUUCUGGAAAAGGAAGAAUAACGUCUCUCGUCUAUAUUUCAGGGUUCAGACCUACAAACACCUCAGAUUCAUCAGAGAAAACUUCAGAUCCAAGUCAACAAAGAAAUGAUGAUGAACUCCAGUGAGCUUCUGAUCACAUCAGUCUGUUAUAUUUGGUUGGAGCACAAACAGUAGAGACAUCCCUGGAAAAACGGAUGUUGCUGACUGAGUGAGGAAAGUAAAAACAAUGGUCGUCCAGCAGAAUGUUUCCAUUUUCUGUCUCCUAUAUUUAUCCAUGAAGCCUGAUUAAAUUCCAAAAAUAAGCCUGGAUGACUGAAUUAUCUUCUGAAUUCAGAGAAAACUGAGGUUGUUGUCUUUCUAGCUUUUUAAUUACACUGGGAGACAUUACUUUGGUUUAAGGUACUUCUGUUAGGAAACUUGUAGUUAUUUUUAAUCAGUAUUUGUUCUUUGACUCAUAUACACAACAGGUUUCUAGGACCAUCUUUUUUAAUAUUGUUAAAAUUAGGAAGAUCCUGUCUCAGAGUGAUGCAGAAAAACAGUCCAUGCAUUUGUUACUUCAAGACUGGAUUCCUGAAAUUCCUUUUUAUUGGCUGUUCAUUUUAAUUUCUUGUAUUAUUAAGCUCACCUUGUUAAACCACGUUUUAUUUGUGUCCUGUUGGAACAUCAUGUCUGCUGUAAAUUUGGAAACUUGGGUACUACCAUUCUUGUUGAUGUAUUUUUUACUAGUAACACUAACUUAAACUUGGUCAUCUUACAAUAAGAGGUCCUGUGGGAAAAGAAAAAGUUAGUAAAGAAAAUGUGCUUUUAACAAAUUGGUCAUGUAACCAAUAAAGCAAACAUAACUAACCUUAGACUGGCCAUCUCAAUUACAGAUUUACAUAAAAGCCUAAUAUAUCGUAAUAGAUAACAAACUUAAUACCUCAACAGACAAAGGCAUCUAAGUGAAUUUACCACCUUCUAAUCUUCUUUCUCGUGUUUUCUUGGGCCAAGUUCUUCAUAUUAAAUGAUGUAAUGUGUUUUUGACUUCAUCAGCCAGUCGUGUGCAGGCAUGUCAGGAGAAGAGAAACGUGUAUUUCCACAUGUGAUAGAGCUCAGAGAUUCAUAAAGAUUAAACACAAUGGCUUAAAUGUAAAGUUCACAUCUACUAAAUUUAGUUCUUUCUCAGUAUAAGAUGAAGUUAUAAUUUAUUCUCAUGUCAUGUUUAAUCUUUAGGUACUUUAAAUCUGUAAACCUUCUACUGUAACAGUUGUUUCAUUUCUGUCCACCUACAGCAUCACCUGCAGAGCAUCACAUUAAACUAUUAAACUAA